UACCGUAUUUUCCCUAAUGUGACUGAGUCAGUCGUUUCAUCCACAAAAAUCUUUGCUAAAACGACUGAAUCAGUCAUUUGAACCGUCUUAUUUAGCCAUUCAGUCACUUCACUUUUCUGACAGUGAUGUCACGAUAGUCAUCUCUCUUUGCCAUCGUACAUGUACCUCUAUCACGAACUGUACUAUAAUGCUUAAGUGAUGAUCACAUACACAGUCAUUCGAAAGGUUUUUUUCUUGUCGGAGAUUGUCUGCUUUUUAUCCAAUAAAUACAAUAGAUUAUUUUUGAAGCUUCUUAUUAUUUCUUAAACGUUAAUCAGAAGUGGAUGUCUCCAUUCGCAAUAAAAUUAACAUAAAAGGAAUAAAAAUUUAUUGAAACUCUGCGCAAAAUUUAUUAGUUUGGUUAGAUUGUGUCAGUCUGGGCUGAGAUCAACAUGUUAUGUAUGCAACGCGUGCAGAAUAAGUGGACGAAAUUAGAAGAAAAUUGGGACAUUGUCUGUGUUUCAGAAACUUUGGAAAGCUAGCAAGAGCUUGAAGAUGACAGUAGUAUCGACGAAAGCGUGAAAAGUGACGCCUGCACCGAAAGCGAUAGCGCUAAAUUUCCGAUUUCUAAAUUAAAACUCGCUAUGUCACUAUUAUUCGUUUAUAUCAACCGACUAAAACAGAAAAGCUGUACGAAAAAAGUAUUAAUUUGUAGAUAAUGACAUUUUUUGGUUUUUCUUCUAAAAUUUGACAUAUUUAUGUUUAUUGCUAAAAAUUUAGUUUUUCAUCUGGUAUGUUCUAGUAAGUAUCUUGAUCAUGAGAUGGCAUUACCGAAUGCAAAAACAUUUUUUUCAUAUAACUUUUUAGUUGGACGUUUCUUUCGAAAAUUGUUUCAUUUAUUCGGUCGCCUCCCUGACAGUUCAUCGAGAACAGAACCUGUUACACUGGAAAAUAUUCGAAUUAUUGGAGAUAUGGAAGAUACCAACAGUUCUUAUUUGACAAGUUCACAGACAGUUCCGCGUGUAAAAAGGAUUUUAUUCUUUUUCAACAUAUUAUUUUUAUUGAUUCAAACUAGUGAUUUGUAUCUUGCUCAUUUUCUGUUUAGACAGUACAAACAAAUUGGGAUUCAUGGGGUCGAGAUGACAUAUUCCGACAAAAGAAAGCACUCAGUAGUUCCGUAUCAGAAAAUCAAGAACAAUAUUUUCAAGAUAUGACCCCAACAGUGAAAAAACCGCCGAUGAUUAUAUUGAAAAAACGUGAAACUAAUAACAUUUCUAAUUAUAAUGCUAGCAGAUUACAAAUGAUGAAUGAACCUGCUGAAUUUAAAAGUGGUCUUGACGAAUGGAAUGAAGAUUUGAAUAUGCCAGCAACGACUUGGGAUGAAAAUAAUUUAGAAGAUUUGUCACAAGAAGCGUCAGAAGCUCUGAAAGAAACACGCCGAAUUGAGCGUGAAAAAAAAAUUCGUGAGCAUCAACAACGUAAGGUAGAAAAGGAUUCUCAACGUUCGUCACAUAAACGUGAAAGCUUAACAUUAAAUAUGGAUGAGAGAUAG